AUGGACGAGCAACAGCCUUUGGAGGAGGCCGUCAAUAGCGCAAAUGCUACGCCUCAUGAUACGGAAAAAGAUCACUUGGAACAAAAUAGAGAGCGAGAACAAAGUGGCCGUGAAGAGUACCUCGCAGGGGUAGAGCGACGGAUUGAGGCGUACGAGAAUUGCGCGACGGCUAUCACAGCAGCCACGACGUUUCUACAGGAGCUUAGUGGACAUUUGGAUGCCAUGCAGCAAGCAACACAGCAGCUAAAUGCAUUUACGGGUGGUUGGUUGGCGGUGUGGAAGCGGCCAUCAUUUUAA